AUCCCUGGAAGCCCACUGCUCUACAGGACGCUCUAUGGGAGAAAUCUAACUCACAGGAACAGGAAUAUUAUCCUGCUUUUCGCGUUCCGGUUUGCCUGCUCGCUGUCAGCUGUGGACGCUGAAGCGGUGUCUGCGUCGUGAUGGCGGUCAGCGGGUCUUCAGGGGGUUCAGUGAAGGCUCGGGUGCUCCUCCAGCAGUGUCUGCACGCCAGGCUGCAGGUCAGACCUCCUGAGGAGGACUGCGAGGCUCAGUGGCUCGAGAUGAACCGAGGAAUGGUUAUCUACGUCUGCUUCUUCAAAGGUGCGACUGAAGACAUCGUCCCUAAAAUGGUGAACACCCUGCUGAACAUGAAGCUGAGUGAGACAGAUUCUGGGACAUAUACUUCAGUCCUUGAUUUACCCGGCAGCGUUCUCGUUAUACCCCAAGCCACACUGGGAGGAAGACCGAAGGGUAAACGCAUGCAGUACCAUGGCAACAUUGACAAAGACGAUGGGCAGAAGCUGUACACCAGCUUUGUCGCUCACUGUGAGAAGGAACUAAGUUUGGCCACCAAGUGUAGUGAAGCUGGUACAGAGGUCAAACACGGAACAUACGGUAACAGACAAGUCCUGAAGUUGGAUACAAACGGACCCUAUACUCAUUUAAUGGAGUUUUAAGAGCUGUGAAAUGUCCCUACUUCUAGCUGAUGGACAAACAGUGAGAGGACAUUUAUCUCAGUAGAGCGUUUAACCUGGUUGAACAUGAAAAAUUUAUUUUUGCUAUAGUUGAUUAAUUCCUUUGUUGUUUCUUGUGACUUUUCAUUGUUUCUUGAAUGAAUGAUGCUGUAUAAGUGAUUACAGAAGUAUGUAUAUCAAUUACUAUUGUUCUCUUGAGAGCAGCCGCAAAGAUUCAGGAAUAAAGAAAUAAAUGAACUAAAUACACCUUUCACAAAUGG